GUGCAAGAGAGGCAGAUUGUGCUGGCCAGUGAAGCUCAAUCGAUUAUUGAGAAGUCGCUCAGAAUCAUUCUCGAAGCUGCUGGCAGUGCGAGCAGGGAGCUCCCGCAAUGGCUCGGUUGCUUGUGAACACAGGCUCUCCUGUCUGGAGAGCGUUGCAAAGCAGGGCGAUGGGAAGCCUUCGAGGUGCGCAUAAUUGCAUUUGGGACUUGUAUCCAGUGGUGGUCGAGCCAGCAGAGACAGAAAUUCAGCUUAAUGAUCUCUUGGCAGCGCCAAAGAAGAAGAAUGGGCAAUUCAAUACUGGCCUCACAAGUGCGGACACCAACCUGAAAACGCCUUCCGUCUCAAACUCAGCACCAUCGUUAACCAGUAACAUGUCACCACACAUGGAUGGCAUCAAGGCUCUUAGAACCGCUUUCCUCUUGUCCUCGUUGCCCUCUUUUUGGGAUGCUAACAAGCCCCCCCUCAAUCAAAGCUGGGGUCCAUCGACCAGCUCACAAAGCGCGGAGUCUUCCGGUCCUUCUUCCAGAAGUUUCAUGCGGAAGUUUCACACUGCACACCUGGCUCCAGCUGAAAACUCUGACACAGCCACCGCCACUCGCCCUGGGCAGCACCACUCGCCUGUCAUCGAUAGGCUAUGGAAAAUCCGAAACGCUAUGGAGGCGCCGGCGCCUGCGGUGGACUAUGCCAAGCCCCCUCAAAAGGAGCUGAUUGUGAAGAAGCCAGAGGAUAGCAUGUUGAGUUUGGAGUACCCCUUCUCACAAGACCUGGCGCUAAGAGAAAAGUACCGUAAUCCAUGGGACUCCAUGCGAGUAGGCAGGCUAUUAGAGGACCUGGAUGCAAUUGCUGGCAGUGUGGCGUUCCAGCACUGCAGUGACAACGACCCUGAGACGCGUCCGUUGCUGCUCGUCACCGCGUCUGUCGACAGGAUCCGGCUCGCUCGCCACAUCCGAAUGGAUGCCGAUCUUGCUGUGACUGGGAAGGUGACGUGGGUGGGGCGCAGCUCGAUGGAGAUUCAGAUCAGACUGGACCAGCCCAAUGCGAGUGCGGAACAGCCUGAUUCCCGCCCUCCCCUAGUUGCCAACUUCACCUUCGUGGCGCGUGACAUCACCACCAACAAGGCGGCCGCCAUUAACCCCCUUGCUCCAGACACCGCUGAGGAGAAGGCCCUGUUUGCGGAGGGGGAGGCGCGGGACGCUGCCAGGAAAGUGAGGCGAAAGAGCGGUGCUGGGAAGGACGAGGCCCUCACCAAAGAGCAGCGGGACCGGAUGGAGGCCUUUCUUGCCGCGGGGAGGACGAUGCUGGAGUUGCCAGCUCUGGCUGACAGGAACAGCAUGCUGAUCCGCGACACCCGGCUGGAGAACGCGUUCCUGUGCCAGCCGCAGCAGCGCAACAUGCACGGCCGCAUCUUCGGGGGCUUCCUCAUGCGGCGCGCCUUCGAGCUCGCCUUCUCCACCUGCUACGUCUUCUGUGGCACGCGGCCCGCCUUCCUCGAAAUGCACGACAUCACCUUCCAGCGCCCGGUGGACGUGGGCGAUCUGCUGCGGUUCAAGUCAUGCGUGCUUUACACCGAGCAGAGCGACCUGGUGCGGCCCCUGAUCCACGUGGAAGUCGUGGCUUACGUCACCAAGCCGGAGCUGCGCACUAGUCAGGUAUCGAACACCUUCUAUUUCACCUUUACUGUACACCCGGACGACUUGAAAAGCCACGCGACCGUCGUUCGAAGAGUGCUCCCUUCGACUGAAGAGGAGGCAAAGAGAUACAUGAGCCGCUUCGAUGCCGAUCAUUCGUGACACAAGCAGGGACUACUGCCAGGUCUUAUCGCUGUAGUUCGGAAACCUUAUGCGACGAAAGAAACGGGGUCAUUGAUCUCUUACCGUCUGUAACCAGAGUAGCAAGCAAACUGUAAUCCGGGUUCUGAAUGUGACCUUUACUGCUUAGAAGACUAAUAUAUCAUGAGUGCCCGAUUAACGAUGAAAAGAAAGCAGCAACGCUGACCCUUGUAACUCAGGCUCGUCAUCCAACGUGGGUGUUGCGUGCACCCCGUGACGGCCCGGCA